UCCUGACAUAGCCAUAUGUAUCAACAUUCGUUCCCAUGCUUUGGUACACGUGACACCUGACUUUAUCUUGUUAUAAAUUCAUUCAAACUUAUCAUUAAUAUUUAUCAUUAAAUGUUUACAAAUCUUCGAGCCAUUCAUUCAUUCAUUCAUUAAUCUUUUAAGGUAGUACAAAGUUCCAAUAAGUUGCUUCAAACAGUACUAUAAGGGAGCUGAGUGCAACUAAGGUUAUUGUAGAAAUGGCCAGUACUAAAAUUGAUGACAAAGUCAGAAUUCCUGGUCCUGGGAAUUCAAGGUUCUUAAUUGUGAGCCACAAAAAUGGAGGAAUUUGGGACCUCGUACGCUUCGGCAUAUGGGGCAACAAAGAAAGCGGUGAUAAAUUUCUUCAAUAUUCGGCCGGCGGUGGAGCCCUUGAAGAACAUUUAAUGCGUGCCGACGAUAGUGGCGGCGACGACGACGGAGGUGGCGAGGUGCCUGAUCAUAGAUGGGUUAUAUUUGUGUCCAUUAUAGUGAGGAAAUUAAUCGCCAUUUUCGGUAAACCAAUGGAGUGGAUUGGCUAUCUCGUGGAGUUCUUCCUCAACCUUUUCUCUCUCAAUGGCAAUUUUCUUGGCCUUCUCUACAAUAUCUUGCAUGGAAAGGUAGUGAUGCCACAGAGAGGCUCUGAAACAUUUAUAAGUGCUAUUGGGCAUCUGGAUGGGCGUAUAAACCUAUACAAGAGUGAGGCUUUAACAAAGGAAAUUGGAGAACCCGAUUUCUGGGGGAAAAUUGUUCUAGGACACAGAGCCCUUAUGGACCUCUGUAUGAUGGCUUCAAAGUUGGCCUACGAGAAUGAAAAAGUCGUCCGCAAUGUUGUAAAUCUUCACUGGAAGAUGCAUUUUGUGGAUUUCUACAAUUGCUGGAAUGAUUUCGAGAAAGAGAUGUCCACCCAGGUUUUUAUAUUAUGCGAUAAGCCAAAAGACGCAAACUUGAUAUUGGUCAGCUUCAGGGGCACAGAGCCAUUUGAUGCGGAUGACUGGAUUACUGAUUUUGACUACUCUUGGUACGAGAUUCCAAAACUGGGGAAAGUACACAUGGGAUUCUUGGAAGCCUUAGGUUUAGGGAGCAGAACAAAUGCAUCCACAUUUCACGAACAACUGUUUGUGAAUAAUCCGAAGUUCACCAAUUUAGAAAAUGUUGAUGCAACUACUGCUCUUUCAGAAAGUUCUGUAUCUUCUACCGCAUUCAGUGAUUCUGAUGCACACAGUGGGUCAGAUCAGUCGUCUGACUCAGAACGGCCUACUGAUACUGGCGAAAAGAAGUUCAGGCUAGAAAUUCCGGAGAGGACUGCAUACUACGUUGUUAGAAGCAAACUGAAAAGGUUACUCAAAGAGCACAAGAAUGCAAAAUUUGUUGUUACAGGCCAUAGCUUGGGCGGAGCGUUAGCUAUAUUAUUCCCGGCAGUCCUAGUACUACAUGAGGAGUUGGAUGUCAUGGAACGAUUAUUGGGCAUAUACACAUAUGGGCAGCCAAGGGUUGGGAAUAGGCAGUUAGGGAAGUUCAUGGAAGCCCAUUUGGAACAUCCAGUCCCGAAGUACUUCAGGGUUGUUUACUGCAAUGAUCUUGUUCCAAGAUUACCUUAUGAUAAUAGAACAUUCCUGUUUAAACACUUUGGGAUUUGCCAAUACUACAACAGCUUAUACAUUGAACAGAACGUCGAUGAAGAACCGAACCCGAACUAUUUUGGGAUGAGAUUUCUGGUACCACUGUAUCUGAAUGCUGGUUGGGAGUUAAUCAGAAGCUUUACAAUGGGUUACAUGUAUGGAUCCCAGUAUGAAGAAUGUUGGGAAUCAGUGAUGCUUCGCGCGCUAGGACUUUUUCUUCCUGGAAUAUCUGCCCACAGCCCAGUUGAUUAUGUGAACUCCAUCAGACUUGGAAAGGCGAGAAGUACACAGAUGUCAUCCUUUUAGAAAGCUUUUUGUCACAAAUAGUGGUUUUAUAGCUGGACAUUAUCAUGCAUUUCUUAUGAGGCUUAUGCAGUAUGUGUCCUGUUUGAUUUUUGAAGAUUUUGCUUUUAGUGUUUAUGUAUGUCAACAAUAAACUUAUUUCAGUUGUCUUAUUAAGAGAUGGAUUUGCAUAAAAGA